ACCGACGUGAGCGCCCCCGGGGCGGGGUCGCUGGAGGCGGCUGCAGGCUCCCCCCACACCAUCCCUCUCAAAUUCAAAAGGGGAGUCCCUCUGCACCUCCCUUGGGGGGGGGUAUCUGCAAACGCACCCACUCUUCAUUUUGCUCCUCCUCCCCAGCAUCCCUGUGCAAGCUCCCUCUCCAUCCUUCUCCCUCCUCCUUUGGCAGUGCUCCUCCCCCUCUCCUGCCCCCCCAGCCCCUCCUCCCGCCGCGCUGCUCCUCUCUCUCUCUCUCUCUCUCUCUCUCACACACACACACACACACACACACACACACACACACACACACACACACACACACACACACGCCGCCUCCAGCAGAAUCGAGCCACCGGCUCUAGAGCUGCAGCCGCCACCGCCCCCCUCCCCACCCUCCUCCUCCUCUUCCAUCUCGCCCGCCGUCCUCCCUCCCGCUGCUGCCCCAUCCCAGCCCGCCAGCCAGGCUGGCAGGAGGGCGGCGGCGGCCCCACCAUGAGCCCCGAGGGCGAGUCGACCGGCAGCCGGCGCCGCGGGGUGGAGAACCGGGACUCCCAGCCGCCCCCGCCGCCCGUAGAGCCCCGAGAGCGGGGCCCCGGCUGCCCGCCGCCCGAGCCCCCCGAGCCGCCCGCCGCUGCCGCUCCGCCGCCUGCUCCGCCCGCCCGCUCCGAGCUGCCGCCGCCGCCCCGGGACUCGGGGGACUCGGAGGGCUCGGGGGGCUUAGCCCGCGGGCGAGUCUCGGAGGGCGGCCCCGGGGAGCCCGAGGCCGGCGGCGGCGACCAGCCGGAGAGGCGCUCGGUGUGCAGCAGCCGCAGCAGCAGCAGCGGCGGGGAGAGGCGCGCCGGCCACCAGCACCAGCACCAUCAGCCCAUCUGCAAAAUCUGCUUCCAGGGCGCCGAGCAGGGCGAGCUGUUAAAUCCCUGUAGAUGUGAUGGGUCAGUCCGGUAUACCCAUCAGCUGUGCCUGCUAAAAUGGAUCAGUGAGAGGGGCUCCUGGACAUGCGAACUUUGCUGCUACAGAUACCAUGUCAUAGCCAUUAAAAUGAAACAGCCUUGCCAGUGGCAAAGCAUUUCUAUAACACUGGUUGAGAAAGUUCAGAUGAUUGCUGUAAUCCUAGGAUCCCUGUUCUUAAUAGCGAGUGUGACAUGGCUCCUCUGGUCAGCCUUCAGCCCCUAUGCAGUGUGGCAGAGGAAGGACAUCCUUUUUCAGAUCUGCUAUGGAAUGUAUGGUUUUAUGGAUCUAGUGUGCAUAGGGCUCAUCGUCCACGAGGGUGCCGCGGUGUACCGGGUGUUCAAGCGCUGGCGGGCCGUGAACCUGCACUGGGACGUACUCAACUACGACAAGGCCACGGACAUCGAGGAGAGCAGCCGGGGAGAGCCGUCCAGCAGCCGGACUCUGUGGCUGCCCUUGACGGCUCUGCGCAACAGGAACCUGGUGCACCCCACGCAGCUGAGCUCGCCCCGCUUCCAGUGCGGCUACGUUUUCUUCCAUCUGUUCAACCGCCUGCGGACCCACGACGACCUGUCAGAGGACAGCAGCUCCGGGGAGGUGGUGAUGCGAGUCACCUCGGUGUGACAGCAGGCCCGGGGAGGCCACCCCGUGCCUUGGGGGAGUGGGGGUCAACACCGAAGCACGCGGGAGGACACAUAAUCUAUGAACUUUUUAGAAAUUUAAAAAAAAAUUAAAAUAAAAAUUUAUGCUUUUUAUAUGAACAUUUGAACAGCAAAUACAUUUUUCUGAAGAAAAAAAAAGCAAAAAUGAGUCGCUUAAUUUUUCGCUUUGGGCUUGGCUUUCUUAUUUAUCACCGCUUUUCUACUAAGUUGGGACUUGAGGUUAUUUCACUUCACUUGGUGGGGGCCGGUGGGAGCGCACCCAGUUAAGCACACACAUCACCCUGCUCAAGGACCUGGGUUCGAGACCUCCACUCCCCACCUGC